AUGAAAACACAAAAGUUUAUUAGUGUUGUUCUAUGGUUAGCUCUAGUAAGUCUAUGUUUAAAAAGUACGGCAGCCAAUGUCAAGAAACCACAUAUUAUUUUCAUAGUAGCUGAUGAUUUGGGAUGGAACGAUGUGAGUUUUCAUGGUGCCAAUGAAAUUCCAACUCCAAAUAUCGACGCACUUGCUUACAAUGGAGUGAUAUUGAAUAGACAUUACGUAUUGCCUAUUUCUUCGCCAUCGAGAUCAGCUUUACUGACUGGUCGUUACCCUAUCAGAGACGGCACGCAAGGCUUUGACUUGGAACCUGGUGAGGCGCGGGGUAUACCGCUCAACAGGACCCUCAUGCCGGAGUACUUGCGUCAACUCGGCUAUGGUACACAUCUCGUUGGCAAGUGGCAUGCCGGGUACCACUCGGUAAAUCAUACACCUGCUCGUCGAGGCUUCGAUUCCUUCUACGGAUUUUACAAUAAGCUCAUUGGCUACUUCGACCACACGAUCAAACUAUUAUCCGAAGACGGCCAAGUUCACAUUGGUAAUGACUUGCAUCGUGAUACUCCCGAAGCCUUGAAAGUUGUUCACGAUAAAGGCUACAUUACGGAUCUUAUAACCAACGAAGCUAUUAUGAUUAUAAAUAAUAAUGGAAAUGAAAAGCCACUAUUUCUUGAGAUCUCUCAUCUUGCGAGUCACGGCAAUCAGAAUGUGCUUGAUCCAUUAGAAGUUCCCGAUAUGCAAGAAACGAAUGCUACAUUCUCCUAUAUUAGUGACUUGAAGCGUCGGAAAUACGCAGGAGUGGUAAAGUCCUUGGAUGAUUCUGUAGGACGUGUUGUGACCGCACUUAGUAAAGCCAAAAUGUUAGAAAACAGUAUCAUCGUUUUUAUAAGCGAUAAUGGAGCGCCAACAACUGGCAUGUAUGGAACCAGCGGUUCUAAUUAUCCGUUGCGUGGAAUGAAGAAUUCGCUAUUCGAAGGUGGUGUACGUGGUGUGGCUUGUAUUUUCUCGCCCCUAAUAAAGUCAGCGGGUCGAGUGUCCAUGAAAAAGAUGCACAUAGUCGACUGGCUGCCAACCCUGUACGCAGCGGCCGGUGGCAACGCCAAUAAUCUUAACGACAUCGACGGUUUGAACCAGUGGCCUUCGAUCGUAGACGAGGACGUGAAGUCGCUCCGAAACCACAUCCUUCUAGAUAUCAACUUGGCACUAGAUAUCGAAGGCAUAAUCCUUGAGAAUUACAAGCUUAUCCGCGUUCAACCUCACACAAGUAACAAACUAUUAAGUAAUGAGUAUUACGGAUCUAAUGGUAACAGCUCGUUUAACCCACAUUAUAACAUUCUCGAGUCUGCAUUAUCAUCGCCCACUGGGUUAGCCAUUAGUCAUUUAACUGAAUUCAAUAGCACAUCCGUUACCAAAGCCGACAACGUACGCAAAAGAAGUGAAGUAAGGUGCUCACAACCGAAGACUUUCGCUGACUGCUCCAACUAUUGUCUCUUCAACCUAGAAAAUGAUCCGUGUGAAACUAAUGAUUUAGCAAAACACAGUAUACGGAUUCGCAAUGUUUUAAUAGGAUUCCUUUAUAAUUAUCGCAAACUUACUGUGCAACCGGCAAGCGAUGUCAUAGAUUCAAGGUCAUUCCCAGAAAAUUUUCAUGGUACAUGGAUGCCGUGGAAAAAUGUUUAAAUUUUAUAUACCAAACUAUUUUUAAUUUUUAAUAGGUAAAUUUAUAUAUA